AUGGUCAGGCAUGCUGAAGUAAACGUAGAAUCCAAAGGUUAUAUAAGCUACGAGGUCAUAUGUUAUAAAUACUCAAUCUCUAUACCACUUCUCUUUUCCUUGAUUUCUAGGUCUUGGCGUAAUAUUCAUACAGAACGAGAAGUCUCAACUUCUUUUCUCAAAGCCAAAGACCUCUUUGCACAAGAUGCUCAUUCUCCUUCUAUUGUUCGGGUGACCUCCAAGGUUUAUAGAAGAGUUGCUCUCUACGAACCUGGCGAGUAUGUGGCAACACUGAAUUACUACAAUGGCACACAGACGGUUGCCAAUUGGCUCGUGCGGCCUCUCCAGCAGCAGAAGAGAGCCAAGAGCGUUAUCCUGUUCAUUUGUGAUGGAAUGACAACAAAUAUGAUCACUGCUGCACGCUUGAUUGGUCACAAGAGCAUCAAUGGCAAAUAUCACAAGUUUCCGGUUCUUGGACAUCAAAUGACACAUUCACUUGACAGCUACAUCACCGACUCCGUCAACAGUGCCUCGGCCUUGUAUUCGGAACACAGAAGUACAGUCAAUGCUCUGGGGGGUGUUGAGACGAUUGUCGAAAUUCUCACACGCAUAUGGGGAAGUGCAAUCGGUGUUGUUAGUACCGCUUUCAUUGCAGACGCAACUCCCAUCGCUCUCAAUGGACACACCAGACUUCGAUCCCAGUACGGAAAUCUGAUCGAUCAGGCGCUCCGCGGAGUGACCAAUUACACCUGGACACCAUUCUCGGGGCCUGAUGUUUUCUUUGGAGCUGGAGCUAAGCGAUUUAUUGCCGGUUCCAGAUCUUUCCAGGGCAAAGACUAUUACAACGAGUUUGCGAAUUCCGGGUACACCGUUUCUUUGAACAAGACAUCUUUACUCAAAGUGUCUAACGCUACCAAAGCUCUCGGUAUCUUCUGUACCUCCAAUCUCCAGUGUGGGAAUAAGAAGCCAGUUUUGGAUUUGCCAGGCCUGAAGGAGAUGACCUUGAAAGCUAUUGAUAUCCUUUACGCACGUGGAGGUGACAAAGGCUUCUUCAUGAUGUCUGAGGCUGCAUCUAUUGACAAGCACAUGCACACUCUGGACUAUCAUCGUGCGUUGGGUGAUUUGUUGGAGUUGGACGACACUGUCAAUGCAACUAAAUUGAAACUCGACCAAACUUUGAUUAUUGUGACUGCCGAUCAUGGCCACGGUUUCGUUGUCUUCGGAUCCGCUGAUACAAAAUAUCUCAGCUCAAAGUUCGAUGACCGAGAGAAGCGCAAUGCAAUCGUAGAGUAUACCAAUUCUGGUCUCAGUCAGUAUACCGUGACCAACGCCAGCAUUUCAUACAACACAGGAGCCAACUUUCCUGUCAACUGGAAUCCAAGAUACACUCUUGCUCAAGAUGUUGGUGCAAACCCUGAUCACAGAGAGAAUUAUCGUGUCCAUAAGUCAGGCCCCCGUCUUCCAGCGACCAAUGUCACAGGCUUUUCAAAUGACGAUUACUUUAUCUGCAGCAGUGAGGCACAAGGUGUUCAUUCCUUGACAGAUGUUCCCGUCUUUGCGAUGGGACCAUGCCAAGAACUCUUUGGCGGCGUCUAUGGAAACAUUGAUAUUUUCUUCAACAUGGCAAAUUGCUUGGGUCUGGCUAGACCGAAUAAUGCAACGGGUACAACGCCUUCCAAUGGCGCUCAGCGCGGGCUACGGGCCGGCAUGCUUGUGUUCCAGAUGGCAAUCGGAUGGGUUGCCUUAAGUAUUUGA